AUGACUGGCGAAAUGACCUACAUAUUGGAAUACCGGUUGGCGGUAAGUGAUAAUUAGUUUGUAUUGUUAAUCCCAUUCCCCUAACUGCCCGUUUAUCAUAACAAUUGUUUUUUGCUCUUUGCUUAUGCAGUUAUUUUACCCCAAAAAGUUCAAAUGUGGAAACGUAAAAGUACGUAAUUCAGACGCAAAAGGUGCCACAAUCACGCCGAAGACAGGUCCUUGGAUUAAUUCUGGAGACCGUCUUCAGAGAGAAAUUCUUGGAAAAAAUGUUUUACCCUCAGGAAAUCUAUUCAAAAAGUACGGUUCGACAAUUCUUUGACAAAAUGGCGCAAAUAUCAGCAAUGCAUUUAGAUAACACAAGGUAGGGCCAGACUAACAUGACCGGAACUCUUUCAAGUAGUAUGAAUCGGUUGUUCGACAUGAUGACUAUGGUGGUUAAACAUCAGAUGAUGUCUAUCGAUGAACCCAAACAGAUCAUCGAUGUCACCGUUAAUCAUCUGGAAGGGAUAAAAGAGAUCCUCGGACAUCAUCCAGAGAUCUCACCUCAAAUUGAAUUUGCUCAAACCACCGUAAGUGAUGUGAAUCGAGCUUAACGCACCUUUUUCCAAGUUCAUAAACUCAUUUUCUGAUAUUGAAACCUGGGAAAUGGCCUUAAUUCGAUAUGCCUUACUCAAUUACUUCCAAGAUUCACAUAUGAAGAUGGGCGAAAUGCUCAGAGCUGGAGUCCAACUGGAGAAUGGGAGAUUUGUUUUGUUGGGGAAGGAGAUCCGGAUACCUCUAGACGCAAGUCCUCCGGGAUCCGUAAAAUAUUACGAACGAGGGCAAGUCUCAAAGAUUACGACUCUAGUCAUGCCCGAGAAAUAUAUAUGUCUACGGAAAGAAGUAAGUUUUAAAAAUAGUAUUUCAGCCCACUUCACUUGUAUUUUUAGGAUAUUCAACCCGGCAAGACAACAACUACAUUAGGGGAGAGUAUCUAUAUAGCCAGCGAGUAUACGGUAAUUGACGCAAUUCAUUAUUUUUGCAGAGUUGUAUUUUCAGAAUGAAGAAAAGGCAGAGGAAACUUACAAUAGAACUACAAAUAGAGACGACGAGAUGAAACUGCUUACUAAAAUAAUCAACAGAUCUGACAAUACGGGUGAAGAUUUUGUUUUAAAAUUAUUCGAUAAUGAAGACGACGAUAAACAUAUCAGAGGGCGGAUAACAAGCAAAGCUGACGAAAAGGAUAGACCAAAAAGCCGUUCCACAAGCAAACCAACGCGGUAUAAAAGUUUGGCUGAAGCCAUCGGAGAGGUGAGAAUCAAAAAAAAUUAUUUUAUAUUUCCCCGUUUUAUAAUUUUUGCAGUGUUUCUUAUUACUUUUAAUGUUUUGUGUAAGCCCCGUAAUCCCAUUAGAACGGAGUCUCGCAAAUCCAUAAUUAUUUGAAUUUGAAUUUCAAACAAGUCCCUUGAAAUUACAACGUAACUGGAUUUUCGUAUAAUUUUAUGAAAUUCCAGAUGGACCUCACGAAGCCAAGUGCGGAGAGACCGAGCCGAGGCGAGCACAUGCUUAAGAUGAUGGACGAAUCCGAGUCGCGAACGCGCUCUCGAAGUGGGCCCCGCAAAAAAACUGCAACAAGGGAUUUGAACUGA